CGGGCUGCGGGGACGGGCGAGGCGGUGGCAGCAGCAGCGGCGCUCCGCCCCGGGGGAGGGACGGCGCAAGGCGUGGGGGGCACGGGAGACAGGUACCCGCGGGCGGCCCUGGAGGCACUUUCUCGCAGUGGCCGGCCGGGCUUCGAGAGCGGCGAAGCGCGGCGGCCUCCCACGGGGCCCUGAGGCGGAGCAGCGGCCUAGGGGUGCCCGAGGCGAGCUCGGGCUCUGAGAGGAGACGCGGCCGCGGGGGGUGCGGCACUGGUGAAGCCUGCCCGGCCGGGCCCCGCUCCUCGCCCCGCUCCUGGCGGUGCGGCCCCUCCACGGGAGGCACGGGGCGCCGCAGGGCCGGGACGCGCAGGUGGCCGCCGCCCGGCAGCGGCGGUGAGCGGAGCCGGCCCCCAGAGGCCGCCGCCGCGAGGAGGGAGCGGCGGGCGCGGGACUUCAGCGGAGGAGCAUGCACUGACUCGCUGCCUCGGCUCAGAGCCACCCCGGCCGCCGGGUGCGAGUUGCAUGGUGUGGGGAUACACGAUCUCGAUAAUAAAUGAUAGAGGAUACAAUGACUUUGCUGUCUCUGCUGGGUCGGAUCAUGCGUUACUUCUUGCUUAGACCGGAGACCCUGUUCUUGCUGUGCAUCAGCCUGGCCCUGUGGAGUUAUUUCUUCCACACGGAUGAGGUGAAAACCAUUGUUAAGUCCAGCAGGGAUGCGGUGAAGAUGGUGAAGGGCAAGGUGGCUGAGAUCAUGCAGAAUGACAGGCUCGGGGGGCUAGAUGUGCUGGACGCAGAGUUCUCCAAGACCUGGGAGUUCAAGAGCCACAACGUGGCUGUCUACUCCAUCCAAGGCCGGAGGGAUCACAUGGAGGACAGGUUCGAAGUAAUCACUGACCUGGUGAACAAGACUCACCCCUCCAUCUUCGGGAUAUUUGAUGGGCAUGGAGGAGAGUCGGCAGCAGAAUAUGUGAAGUCCCGCCUACCUGAAGUCCUGAAACAACACCUUCAAGACUAUGAGAAGGACAAGGAGAACAGCGUAUUGUCUUACCAAACCAUCCUGGAACAGCAGAUUUUAUCCAUUGAUCGAGAAAUGCUGGAAAAAUUGACUGUAUCCUAUGAUGAAGCAGGCACAACCUGCUUGAUCGCACUGUUGUCAGAUAAAGAACUCACAGUGGCCAAUGUUGGAGAUUCGCGAGGAGUCCUGUGUGACAAGGAUGGGAAUGCUAUUCCCUUGUCACACGAUCACAAGCCCUACCAGCUAAAAGAGAGGAAGAGGAUUAAAAGAGCUGGUGGUUUUAUCAGCUUCAAUGGCUCCUGGCGCGUUCAGGGGAUCCUGGCCAUGUCCCGCUCCUUGGGAGAUUACCCUCUGAAGAACCUGAAUGUUGUCAUUCCCGACCCGGAUAUUCUUACCUUUGACCUGGACAAACUGCAGCCAGAGUUCAUGAUCUUGGCGUCGGAUGGUCUGUGGGAUGCUUUCAGCAACGAGGAAGCUGUCCGAUUCAUCAAGGAACGCUUGGAUGAACCACACUUCGGUGCAAAGAGUAUAGUUCUACAGUCCUUUUACAGAGGAUGUCCCGAUAAUAUAACAGUGAUGGUGGUGAAGUUCAGGAAUAGCAGCAAAACAGAGGAACAGUAAUUACCAGUCGUUCUCUGCCUCGCUCUGAACUUAAACCAAACUCUUAAAUUUUAAACAUAGUAGAAAGCUCUAGUAAAUACCAUUAAGAUUCUACACAAAAGGAACAGAUCCCUCUGGUCUUUGUUCUUUGCUUAACAAAAGGAGCAAUACAACAAAUACAUUCUGAGUGAUUAUAAGAAUUAAGUUUGUUCACAUGUACCUGUCUUCUGUGACCUUGCUGCUCCUGAGAAGCUAACUGUAAUCUUCCAUUUCAGAAUUUUCCUCACAAAUCCUUUGUAGACUUUUCCUUUGAUCCCUUUCCUCUCAUUUCGAGCAGUCAGAGGUUCAUUUAGACACACAGCCAGGUCAGGGCUGUGCUGUCAUUUAACAGCAAAUGAUAGGAGUGAUGCUACUCUUCACUCAUAGGUGGGACGCCUCAGAAUGACGGUGUCAUGUUUCUCAUCUCUUUUCUUUUUUAAUCUGCAGUGAUAAGGUUGUAUAGGAAAAGGUUUGUGAUUAUUGGCCUGGUAUUGAUGUGAAGGAGGAAAAGGAGCCAAAUAUUAGCCUGCUACCACAGAACUGGCUCUCUUGCUUUGUUUAACCUCACCCUUCCCUUAAAUAAAUCCCCACCAAGCAUGUGAUUAGGUGUAGCUACUGAAUUACCUGAAGCCACGUUUAUUCAGUCUGUGCAUUACUCUGGUAACAUUCCUUCUAUGCCAUAUUGUAUUCAAACCAGCUAAUGUUAAACUUCAGCAAAAUACCUUUAAGGUCUGACACCCUCUAUAUCAAAAAAUAGCUCUGCUGUGAUAGAAGAAUGUUGGUCAUUCCUGGAAACUCAUGUUAUUUUUUUGGCAUGGACUUUUCAUAGGCAUGUAAAGAAAGUAAUGCAAGGUAAAAUUCACUUUGUUAGUGACUGUUUGGAAAACUAAUGAAAAUAGGGCAUUCCUGAGAGUGACGUAGGUGGAAGUCAGGGCUAUUAAUGACUUCCUUGUACCACUGCAGAUUAAUCAGUGGUGCUAAUUCAGGGGAAAACCACCGUAGAACCGUUGUUUGGUAUGGCAUAUAAAUGCCAGGCAGUGGCCUUGCACUGGAGAGAUAAAAGCUUGUGUUAGGUCUAGAUAAAACUGUGUUUAGAUCUAACUUUCAGUAUUUAAUUGUAUUUUGGAAUCUGUGACUACUGUAAGUUUAAACAAUGAGUGUCAAGAGUUUGCUCUACAUCUGGUAACUUAGUUGCCUGCUUCAUGACCGAGAGGCAGUGGUGGCAGAGUGGCAGGGCAGUUGUGUGCUGAGGAACAGCCACGGCCUGAGGUGGAGGUGAGUGUCUCAGAUGCCUGCUUUACUGGUAUUGUGUUCUAUAAUAACCCUGGGGAUUCCCUCCCUGCAAAAUAUUGUCCUGGACAAUCUGCUGAAGUCUCUUGUCUUCAAGGUGAUGGAGGCUGUUGGUAUUUGCAUCCUGAGAGGAAUCAGGGAUGUAAUGCAUUAACUAACAUCAUCUGUUCCUUGGGUAAAGAUAUAACAUGACUUGGUUAAACAGACACCUGUUUCUCAUCACCCACCCACAGGAUUUUGGGGCAAGUGGCUUGCUGGUCCCCAGAAUACCAUGAUGUGUUGUGGUUGUGCUGAGCAGGUGUGUAUCUCAAGACAGAAAUGAAAGAGGACAAAUUCCUGCAUGAGCAGGAAUUCCCAUCUUAGUCUUUUCAUUUUUGUUCCUAGGUUAUCUCUUCCCCAGGAAACUUCCCUCCUUUCAUUUGUUUGGAGAGUUAUCACAACUCUUAGUCAGAUCUAUAGCUACUACCAGUGCUGUUCAAAUUGUAUCGUAUACUCUAGCAGCCUCUUCUCACCUCAGACUCUGGGCAGAGCCCCUUGACUCCAAGUAACAGACAAGUGAAAAGCAGAAGUGUGAAAGUGUCCAGCAUCCUCCAAAACCGGCAGGCCCCAGCCUGCACCGCUCCUUCCCUGGAGGACGAAGGCUGCGGACUUCUUAAAUCUCUUGAACAGUGCAUUCGGGGAAUUUUAAAUGCAACUUUGAGGUUAAAUUGAGCAGCUAACGGGAAAUGUUAAUAAUGACAGCGCGCUUCAGUUAUUUUAUUUUGAAAAGGUAUUUGAGGUCAGAACGCUGUGAAAUUAAAUCCUUGUGUGAUAUUUUCAUGGGAGUGCUUAAUCAUGUACUCAGUAAUGCUACAGCAGCAGUAUCGAAACUGUUCCAGGCAGAGCUCAUGGUGCGUAUUUGCGUUUGCCUUUCCUUUCUCCUUCACAGACGAUGUUUCUGUUGUACUGGCUUUUCUUUGGAGGACACCGCUGGACGCUUGUCAAAACAGCUGCCCAGGGAACAGAAGAUUUAGACCCAGCAGCCUACAGAACCCUAAAGCAGAGGAAUGCUUGUGUAGCAGGGACAUCACCGCUAAUCCAUCGCAGGCAUUUGAGAAGUUGGAACUGGGACAAUGGUCAGCUCCAAAAAACAACCAUAGUAGACUAACACCACUGAGCAAAAGGCUCGCAGCUGCCACUCAGCCUCCUGCAGCUCAUGUGCUUGAGGUUAGUGAGUGCUGCUGAGAGAUGCUGACCUGCCCUGGAGCACAGCUCACUGCCUGGUUGCUUCGGCACUCAAGAUACACAGAAUGAGGUGUCAGGAAUCCUGCAUGUUCACAGGCUCCCGAAGAACUGUGGGGAAGCAGUGGGAGGGUGGCUUGCUCUGGAAGUAAGCCAUGCUCAUGGAAUUUAGGAAAACACAGCACAGUGCACUACAGAACUGUUUUGCAGACUCAUCUGAAUAUUUAUUCCAGAUUCAUUCACCCUGCCAUUCAUAGGCCCAUCCAGUCAGUUACCCCAUCAGCCCUAUUUCAACCUUCCAGCAUCUGCAGUUGCAGCAACAGCUGUUUUAGCACCUUCAGUUUUCUCUGCAACACUCCCACCUUUCUAAUAACUCUUUCGUGGCCAAAGACAUUCAUGCCAAUGAUUUCUGGUAAAGAUGCUUUUGGUUUUGUUAUUUAAAAAAAAUAGCUAAAGCUACUUCAGGUUUAAAGAUGAAGGUUUAGCAGAGAUGAGAGGCUUGUGCAGGCUUCCACAUACAUGUGCAGUGCCUACGUAUGCUCCCUGCUAGAAGUUUUUACUCCAGACCUAGACACUGGUAUCUUUCCAGUCAUGCUGAUUUGUGCCAAAUCCUGUUGUGAUAAAUGCAACUGUUGGACAAUGAGAUUAAUUAAUGUAUGUAUUGCUUAUGCAGCCUAAACAAUAUGGGGGCUGAUCCUCCACUGCCUUAAUCUGUACCCUACAUCUGGAAGGGUAACCAGACACUGUAGCCAGAAACACCCCAAGUACGCUCAAGUAGUAUGUCAGAAUGUGCUGCAGCAUCAGAGAGGGAGCACUUUCAGCACACCAUUCUCCAGGCUGCUUUCCUGCCUGGGCACCUCUCCAGAAAAAGGGAGAGACAUUUUGGUUAAAGCAGCUUGUACCCAUCUGAGAGCUCCCUCUUGCUGUACGUGCUCAUGGGUGGGUUUUGUUGCUUUAAGCCCGAGUAGCUCCAUUGGUGACAUCUGUUCAGCAAGUAAGAGUAUCACAUAGCAGAAAACUGCUGGAUUAAGUUGCUGCCAAAGAGCAUCUUUCAUAUGGUUCUAUAUGAAAAAGUGCACCUUGUAAUUAGUCACCUGAUCCACUACUUGAAAGAAGUUGAGCUUUGCCCAGUGAUAUUGCAGUUUAACUCAAGUAGUACACUUUAAAGCUACCACCGUUUCGCUUCUCCUCCUGGUUAUAGACUACCAUUGAGUGUAUCGUUCUUGCCAUACACCAGUGGUUUUUUUGAAAGGCUGUUCAUCCAUAGGACCUUCCAUAUAACCUUCACCCUGCGCAGCUCCUGGUACCAUCGCGGGGAUCCCAGGUCUUGGAACCAGCCUCGUUACGUGAGACCGUAGCUCCGUCUAGUGGCUGGCCUGAGCAUGGUAACCAAGCAGCGGGCCUCAGAAGUUACGAGUUGCUGUCUUAGUCGCUGUGAAAAAUGUGAAGACCCCACUGGCCUUUGCACAGAAGUUUGCUGUGAGGUUGAUGCAGAGCCGCUAUCUCAGGCUGAAUUCUACAGCAGUGCUGAAGCAGUGCAGGCUGUGCAAGUGCAUCCACAGGCUAAGUAUCAGCUAAGAAACGCAGAUACUCAGCUACUAAGAAGUUGGGACACCUCUCAGUCCUACCCUGUGUCCUCAGCCAGCUCACCUGCCAGCAUGGCUGCCUUCACAUCAUUGAAUGCAUUUUUUGUGGGAUCUAAACUUUUGGCAUCAGUGCAGCUUACACAGACCAUAGCAAUCGACCUUAGGGGAGGCCAGAAUCCAUCCCUAGCCCCAGGGUGGCAGGAGAUGCUAUUUCAUUUCAUAUGAAACAUAAUGCUAUGUCUUCUGUCACAACAUCCAGUACUAGUGGUCUGAGCACACUGAUCCUGUCUCACAGGGGAGGGGUGGCCACAGAAGACGCCAUGAGGACUGCUGUGGUCCUACGGUUUCUAAAAAUGCAGAAUUUGAAAUGAAUGAGCCUGUUUUACUGAGCAAAAUUUGAUUAUAAAGCAAAUUCCAUCCAGCAGCAGGUAUUGCCUACUAACUUGUGAACAUAAGGUCAGUACCAAACCACUGCUAAGAUCAUUACAGUAUUAUACCAUUUACAUAAGGUAAAAUUUAAAAAUAAAUAGUCGUGAAGCAUUUGGAAUGCAAAAGUUAGUACUAAAGCACUGCAUCAGCUUGAACCAACAGGGUUUCCUGUCUAAACACUAAUGCUGGACUUGAAAAUAAGGAAGUUACAUUGCUCAGCUGCCCUCAGAGUAUGUAACGUUUGCCUCAAAUAACAGUAAUGUAUCGAUAGUAUCAGAUACUUUACACAGAGAAAGAUCUAGCAAGUGAUUAUACAAAAGAAUAAACCCCCUCACCAGCCUUUCGCUUCCUAAAGCAGGUUUUUACGCCUCCAGCCUGAAACCUGGCUGUAUGAAAUUGUGAGGUUAAAAUGUAGAAUGUUCGACUGAAGCCUGGCAACUGCACAGACCAGAGCUGCUGCCCCUCAGUGUUGUCAGUAUAAGUCACCUUUCUAAACCCACAGACCUGUACCUGAAAAGAUAUAUGCAAUUAAGUUAAUACUGAGUUGGAGAUUAAAUCACUUUUCUUUAUAUAGUGCUGACUAUAUAAGGCUUGGGUAGCAGCUGUUUUACUUACGGUUUCCCUUAGGUAACCGAAAGUUCUCGGUAUCAGCUGUCUCUAGUUACAGAAGAUGAGUUAGAUGCUCUGUUAUUCAGGAUGUGUGCAGUCAAAGCAGCUGAAGCCUUUCCAGACCUGUAAAUAGUGGUUCAUAUCAUGAGCAAUUCUUGAGUGAAGUUUUGAAACCCAGGUUCAGGAGCAGGUCAGCUCCUGGGUUUGGUCUUGUCUGCUCAGGCGCAAGGAAAACACUAAAUUAGCUGAGCAAUAAAUAAAGUGCACUUUUUCUGUAUUUAAAUGGCCAACCCUUUGUUCUCUUAAAUGUCCUGUGGAGAUGCAUCCGUACUUCUAGGGACACACAUGCUCAGAACUCUACUCCAGCCCACAUUCCACCACAUUAAUUAAAUGAAUAAUUGGUUAUGUUUCAGAAAUCUAAAUGCAGGGCGGUCAAGCAUUGCUCCCCAGCAAUUCAUACACCAUAUGCAGGGGUGUGAGAACAAUACAGAUGAAACUGUGCUUAUCUGUGCUUGCUUUCAUCUUAGUAGCACUAAGAGUCACAGGAAGAGUUUGGGAAGAGUUCUUUGAAGGUAGUUCCAAUCCAUACUGAAUCUCUCUGCUGUUCUCUGGUGCAUCGCUCCUAGGUGCGUAAGUUCAGUACAAACCAUAAGCAGUGCUUAGCUGUGCUGGAUUUACAAGUACAAUCAAUUUUUAUAAAGUUCAAACCCAUUUACCUUUAACAUGGCAAACUGUAACAGUGGUGUAACCGUUAAGUACAAAGUGAACAGGAGCAGGGUCUGCAAAACCUUUAAAACCCAGACUGUGUGGAUACACCAAGCGACUGUAAACCCACUUCUACCAGCACACCUGGAAAUGCUCCCUCAGAAAUGACUGAGAUGGAUGCAUUAGGAAAAUGAACCACACAUUCAGAAUUCUAAAAGGGCAGGUCAGAACUUUAUUAACAAAAAUCCUACACAACACCCAAGAUAACAAAACUGCAACAUUUAGGCUUCCAUCUUGGUGAAGGGCAGCUUCCAUUCAGUGCAACAGGGCUGCAUUAUCAAAGGUUACGAGCCUUUUCAGGCUGAUUAGUAACAUUUAUUCACUCCAAGCCAGACAUGUGUUUAAGAUUUUAUCUGUAUUGCCAGCUCACGGCAGAGUGCACUUUACUCCUAGGUGGAGGACUGCUACAGGCCCAGCAUGGCUGAGAGGAGCGGCAGGGUACUGGGCUGAGCCCCAGCCCAGCCCAACCAGAUGGAUGUGAUGCCCACAUGCCAGCCUCUCUAAACCUCAUGCAGGUCACUCGUAUCAGUGUGGUCUGGAAAACUAACAUGCUGCACAGCAACUGUCAGAAGACUGGCGUCAGGCAGAGCUCAGAUACAUGAACCAUCUCAAGAGAGGGUGCUGGGAGUAAAUGUUCUAUUUUUAAGACCUUAUUUUAUAGAAGGAAAACUAAGUCACAACAUCCCGUAAGGGCAGAUAAGGCAAACUGUACUACAGGUAGUAUUUCCUCCUGCGAGCUGCAGGUCAAUACUGCAUUUAUCUAAGAAUCACACAGAGCAUUUCAGAGAGAGACUACGUAUUCUUUAGUCCUGUGAAGUGACGGGGCUUUAGGAGUUUUAGAAACCCAAUCAAUAUAUAAGUGGAGUGGGGUAGGUCUGGUUUUGUUUUACAGUUUCAGGUUUCUUCAAAAUACGAACUCAACUAUACACGAAAACCAAACCCAACCACCUGCUUAGCUUCAUUUUAACGUCUUCCUUCCUGCCCGGAGCACUUGCACUUGGUUGUGGUUUGCAGCUUAAGAGAAUCACAGAAUAGUUAGGGUUGGAAAGGACCUUAAGAUCAUCUAGUUCCAACCCCCCUGCCAUGGGCAGGGACACCUCACACUAAACCAUGUCACCCAAGGCUCUGUCCAACCUGGCUUGAAAACCUCCAGGGAUGGAACAUUCACAACUUCCUUGGGCAACCCAUUCCAGUGCCUCACCACCCUCACAGUAAAGAACUUCCUCCUUAUAUCCAAUCUAAAAUAUACAGUACAGUACAUCUAAUAGAGUACAGUACAUCUAGUAUAGUAAUCUAAUACACAGUAUCUGCAUUAAAACCUGAUGACCUUAAUUGAACAGAGUGCAGAAAGCUUUGCCCUACCACCUCUGUCUUAGGCAAACUGUAAAGUCCAUAAUAAAUGUAGGCACUACUCACUACUGCAGAGCAAAGCUCUGCCUCCCAAACUCCUUCAAUAUAUCUAACAUAACUGAUAGAUCAGGAAUUCAGUGUCACAUCAUUCAGUUAACCUUUAUCAGUUUUUAGUUUAAAUUUAAAAGAAAUACAAUAAAUUUACAUUCUUGAUUGUGCAUCCAGGCAUUUGUGAGGUCUUUGCAAUGAACUGUCACUGAAAUGCUUUACUAGUAACUAGAAAAGGUGAAACAAAGCUUAGAAAUAUAUUCCAAUCUGUCAUGUUCUGCUGAUACUGAUCAUAGAUAAUAACACCCCAAAGUUUGCAGCACAUGCUGUCUCACUGGUGAUUUUGAACUUGUUUGUUCCAGAAUGCACACAAAACAUUUAAGCAUUUGACUUUCUAACUCUUCUGGAAUAGAGAAGUACAAGAAGCACAGGCUCAAAAUUUUACAUUUUAAACCCCUUCUCUGAUCCAGCCAGCAGCAGUUCCAAGCAUUUUGACCAAUAGAUUGUCAUUAAGUUUUUCCAGUCGGAAAGCCCCAUGCUUUUCCUUAUCAGUCACAACUGCUUGGAAUUCUGCUUUAAUACAGCUUUCUGAACCACUUGCCUGCAUGAGAAAAAGAAUCUGAGUAUUUGGAGAACUCAUAGCCUGUGGUUUAGGCUUCAGUUUUAGUACAAUAUUGUAGGCAAACGCAAUAAAAUCUGGGCCCGCCACUGACUUCAAUGCUUGUACUACUUCACAUUCUUAAGCUUUUUUUAUCUUUUGCAUGGCUGCUCACACUAGAAACUUCCCUGAUAUUUGCUUUAAACAGAAACAUUAGAGCUUAGUUGUGAAUUUUUACAGUCUUUUAAGCAAUAAUAAGGUCAGACUCAAAUACAAGCCAGAUUUGGAAAUGAAAAUAUUUAAAAAAAAAAAAAAAAUGAGCAGGAAUAUUUUACACCGUACAUUUCUUGCAGAAUUGAUGUCACUUUACAUGAUAAUUUCAGGUGGCAUAAACAGGUCACUGUGUAUGAGCAAAACCCCUGUAAUCUAUGACUGGCAUUAUCAUUGUGGGGCACAAAUACUAAAAAUUACCUUGCUUGGCAUCUUAGUGAUGGCUGUGUUUUGCCCAUAGCCACCUCUCUGUGACUGUGGGUUCUGGGUCUCUCAGCAGGAGCACUGGCUGCUUCAGCCAACCAGCUUCUGAAGACUGCAGUGUCUCUCAUAAUUACAUUUUUUAUUUUCUUUUGAAAAAGCAAUACAAACUGUGGUAGCAUCGGUGUUCUUGUGACAAAUAACUGAUUUCUUAACAUUUAACAUGGAAGGCCUAUAACAAAAAAAAAAAAGCAGGUUGAUUUUCCUUAAGAUGUAUAAACAAUCAAAGAACAAGUGACAGAUUUCUCACGGAGCUCUCGGGAUCUGAUCACAGUACAACAAUCAAAGAAAAGAUCCUAAGCCUGCAGGAACAGCUGUGUUUUUACCUCUGUUUUGAGAAACAGAAGAGCAUUCUUCCCUCCAUUAUGCAAUACUGUAUCUUCAGCUAUUUAGUUUAACUAAAAAAAAAUACCUAUUUUUGAAAAGUGUUGACCUACUUAACAUACAUUCUUAAAACAGUGACAUCUGAAAUACUUGUUUAGAGAGUAUGGUCCCCAGGACCUCAUUUUUGUAUCUAAAAAAUAUAACACUUCCUGUAAUUCCAUCAAAAGCCCAUGUGCAGUAGAUGAUAAGGUAGCAAAAUUCAAUACUGACCAUAAUCAGAAUGUAACAAAAAAACUGGUAAAACCUCCAACUUGGUACUAGAGGUUUCUGCACCUCUUCUAAUUCGUCUCUAAGAGACUAGCUGAAAGACAGCCAAAUGUAAAUACACGGUACCAUCCUAGCUGUAGGACAAACAAGGUGUCAUUCUAGGUGUACAGGAUGCAACUAUAGUAUCUUCACUGUGUAGUGGAUGUGUCAAAAAUAAUUAUGUUAAUGCAGUUGCAAAUUCUGUAGUGUUGUCUAUUAGAAGUGUAAACUACUGAAAACUUGGCCUUGCUGAGAUGAAUAAAGUGAUUAAAAUACCUGUCUUUACAGA